UGGUUAAGUUCAACAACACUACCAUACCCGUAUCCAUCCACAAACAACAAACUUCAUACUUACCCCUACUUUUAUUCCCAUUGUUAAAAACAAUAAAAAUAAUAAUAUUAAGAUUUUAAAAAAAAAUAAAGACCUCUCUUCUCUGCCACCGUAAUUGUGGAAUGUGAAGGUUACUGUGCAUUCUCCUCCGCCGUGCAUGAGCUUCCUCCACCGCCGCCACCAUGCCCGCCACCCGUCCCUCCUCCGAUUUGAUCCUCCACCGCCUCGCCUCCUCCGAUUGCGAAAUCAAGCUCAAAGCCAUUCGAGAGGUUAAGAACCAGAUCAUCGGCAACCGGACUAAGAAGCUCUCCUACAUCAAGCUCGGCGCUGUCCCCGCCGUCGCCACUGCUCUCGCCGAAGCUAACGCCGAAUCCGCUUCCGGCUCCAACCUUAUUGUCCAGUCCGCGGCCGCACUCGGCAGCUUUGCGUGCGGCGUCGACGCUGGUGUCCGCGCCGUCCUCGACGCUGGAGUUUUUCCUCAUUUAAUUAGGCUCCUCUCUGCUCCCGACGACAAGGUUGUGGAUGCCGCUGCACGCUCUUUACGAAUGAUUUAUCAAUCAAAACUAGCUCCAAAGUAUGAUUUUUUUAAAGAAGAAAACAUGGAAUUUCUUCUUUCACUAUUGAAAAGUGAGAAUGAAAAUCUUACUGGACUAGGUGCAAGCAUUGUUAUUCAUUCUUGCGAGACAAGUGAUGAACAAAAUAUAUUAUGCUGUGCUGGUGCUUUAGACAAACUUAUUAGCCUUCUUGAUGGUUCUAUAAGCCAGAGAGAUUCUAGUUUAGAGUCCCUUGCUGCAAUUCUUAAAAGCAAUCCAGAAGCUGUCUCUAAAUUUGUGGACCUUCAAAAUGGAAGAGCUUUGAGUUCUGUAAUUGAAUUAACCAAGGACAGAUAUUCUCGGACAAGGUUACUAGCCUGCUUGUGCCUGAUUUGUGUAAAGAAUUCGUCUUCUUGCUAUCUGCAAGACAUAGGAAUCAAAACCAAAUUGAUAUCUAUUUUACUUGAGCUCCUUGAUGAUUAUGGUCAAGUUGGAGAUGAUGCAUCCUUUGCCUUUUCGAGUUUAGUUGCAGAAAAGGAAGAUUUGCAGAAGCUAGCAUUUGAGGCAAAUGCUAUUGAUAAGUUCUACAAUCAUUUGCAAAAUUGUUCUUUACAUCCCAAACGUCUUGAAGGGAUAUUUCUAGCCUUAGCCAAUCUUUGCUCAAAAUUGGAAUGCAGCAGGUCUAAGUUUCUUUCAUUGCAGGUCUUGAAUAUAUUAAUUGAUGCCUUAUCCCAUGAUGAUGCAAAUGUCCGCAGUGCAGCUUGCAUUUGCUUAAAAAGUGUCUCUCGCUCAAUCAAGAAUUUGAGUGCAGGUUAUUUCAUGAAUGAAAGGAUUGUCAUUCCUUUGGUUCAGCUUCUAUCUGAUAUUUCUACUUCUGUCCAGGUUGCUGCCCUUGGUGCUAUUAGCAACAUAGUAGUUGACUUUACACCACAUAAGUCAAAAUUCAUGCAAUGUGGAGGUAUCAAGGAGCUUGUCCAGUUGACAAAGUCUAUGGAUUCCUCUUUAAGAUUAAAUGCUGUUUGGGCCUUGAGGAACAUGGUAUUUCUUGCAGACAAGAUGUGUAAGGAGGCAAUUUUUAUGGAGUUGACAGCAUCUUCUGUAGCUAGCCUUAUCUGUGAUCCUGAGCCUUCUGUUCAAGAACAUGCACUGGCCCUUGUUCGCAAUUUUGUUGACGGAUGUAUGGAUUGUGUUGAAUAUGCUUUUGCUGAAGAUGGUAUCAUACUGGAUGCUGUUGGAAGGCAAUUGCAAAAAUCUUCAAAAAUUGAAAUUGGGAUACAGGGGAUGUACAUACUUGGCAACAUUGCAAGUGGAAAUGAGUCUCACAAAGAAGCCAUAAUGCAGCUACUCUUAUCACAAGCAGAAAAUGUGUCUCGCUCUUUCUUCAGCCAGUUUUUGCAGAGUCACAACAGUCAUUUACGCACAUCUGCUGUUUGGGUCAUAGUAAAUCUCACUUUUCGUGGAAGUCCUGGUGCAUUGGGUAGGAUUGUAAAACUGCAUAAUGUUGGCAUUGUUUCUCAAAUCAAGAGGAUGGUCAAUGAUCCUUGCAUGGAUGUGAAGCUUCGUGCAAAACAAGCACUUGGGCAGAUUAAUACUUCUGGUUCUGGUGAUAGUUAAAUGUGAUCAGCUACUCCAUUCUAAGCCCUUGGGCUGCAGGCAAAGAAAAGCAAUCUUGAUAGAAUUUAUUUUCUCCCAAUUCACAACUAAUACAUAAGGAGUAAUCCAGCCUCCUGCUUCAGCUUCAAAUAUGGUGUAUCAAUUUGCUUUUAUUUUUUUGAACCAGUCAGAGCAGUGUGGAAGCUUUUCAAUUUUUCGGAAGCUCAAUGUAGAUUUACAGGCUUUAGUAUUGUACUAUAUGAGUAGUAAAUGUCAAUUUUAGAACUUAGUUUCAACUUCAUUUGGUUCUGGUAUAUUGAGAAUUGGUGGAAUUGUAUAAUUGACAUGUCAAGGGGUACUGAU